CACCGCUCCUGACGUCAUCCAAGUAUCACUAAGCAGACACAGCUGGAGUAAACAUGAAAGUUUAGACUUUUCCACCAGCGUUUUUAUUUUAAAUCGUUUUAGCAUCUUGGGGUUUUUGGAAACAAUAAAGAAUGGAACAGCCGGCGCCCAAAAGCAAAUUGAAAAAGCUGAGUGAAGAUAGCUUAACGAAGCAGCCAGAAGAAGUUUUUGAUGUUCUAGAAAAGCUGGGUGAAGGAUCCUAUGGCAGUGUUUACAAAGCAAUACAUAAGGAAUCUGGUCAAGUGGUUGCAAUCAAACAAGUGCCUGUUGAAUCAGAUCUUCAAGAAAUUAUAAAAGAAAUUUCAAUAAUGCAGCAGUGUGACAGUCCGUAUGUAGUAAAGUACUAUGGCAGCUAUUUCAAGAAUACUGACCUGUGGAUUGUUAUGGAAUACUGUGGAGCAGGUUCUGUGUCUGACAUUAUCAGACUGAGAAAUAAAACGCUUACAGAAGAUGAGAUAGCAACCAUUCUGAAGUCAACACUUAAAGGACUAGAGUAUCUUCACUUUAUGAGGAAAAUUCACAGAGACAUCAAAGCUGGAAAUAUUCUUCUGAAUACAGAGGGACAUGCAAAACUAGCUGACUUUGGUGUUGCUGGGCAGCUAACAGACACAAUGGCUAAACGUAAUACUGUCAUUGGCACCCCAUUCUGGAUGGCACCAGAAGUUAUUCAAGAAAUUGGUUAUAACUGCGUGGCCGACAUCUGGUCGUUAGGCAUUACUUCAAUAGAAAUGGCUGAAGGCAAGCCACCGUAUGCUGAUAUUCAUCCAAUGAGGGCUAUUUUUAUGAUUCCCACGAAUCCACCUCCUACAUUCAGGAAGCCGGAGCUGUGGUCUGACGAGUUCACUGAUUUUGUAAAGAAAUGUCUGGUGAAGAACCCAGAGCAGAGAGCUACUGCAACUCAGCUUUUACAGCAUCAGUUUAUUAAGAAUGCUAAGCCUGUGUCCAUUCUACGGGAUCUAAUUAUAGAAGCCAUGGAGAUCAAGACUAAAAGACACCUGGAGCAACAGAGGGAACUGGAAGAGGAGGAGGAAAACUCGGAUGAAGAGAUUGAAGUAGAUUCCCACACCAUGGUAAAAACCAGCUCAGAAAGCGCAGGCACAAUGAGGGCUACCAGUACGAUGAGUGACGGGGCCCAGACAAUGAUCGAACACAACAGCACCAUGCUGGAGUCCGACCUGGGGACGAUGGUCAUUAACAAUGAUGAGGAGGAAGGGGAUGAGGAGGAGGAUGGCACCAUGAAAAGAAAUGCUACUUCACAGCAAGCGCAAAGACCUUCCUUCAUGGAUUACUUUGACAAGCAGGAUUCAAAGAAUAAAGCUCAUGAAAACUGCAGUCAAAACAAGCAAGAGACUUACCAUAUAGCAAAGAAUAUCUUCCCAGAUAAUUGGAAGGUUCCACAGGAUGGUGACUUUGACUUUUUGAAGAACCUGAGUUUUGAAGAGCUGCAGAUGAGACUGACCGCCCUGGACCCCAUGAUGGAGCGAGAGAUCGAGGAGCUGCGCCAGCGAUACACAGCAAAGCGACAGCCCAUCCUGGAUGCCAUGGACACCAAGAAGCGCAGGCAGCAGAAUUUCUAAAGGAUGCCCCAGACUUUCCUGUCCUACAGACUGCAAAUGCAGAAUGUGUGCUGGCUACCUUAAGACACAGAUCAUUUGUAUUAGAGGGCGCCACUAAAGCAGCCAUUUCUAUUUCCAACCAUCUUAAUUAUCAACACUAUACGGACAGUAGAAAAUGUUAAGUUGUGCUUAAAAUGUAUUUAAAUGGAGGUUUGACUAAGAUGCAAGAUUCUGGGCAUUCUUAUGUUUUGUUUUGUUUUUUUGUUUGUUUUGUUACUGUUGACCAUCUUUCACUACUUUUUGGUAACGCAUUGCAGAACAGUGGGAUUCCCAGAGACACACAGAAGUUCAAGCCAAAGACAAUUGUCUAGGAAACCUGUUGCACUAGCAACAGCAUAUUAAGAUUGGGUGCCUUUUUUUAGACUUUUUAGACUCUUUGUUUUUGUAUACUGCUUUUACUAGUUGGCACUGCAGCACUCCUCCAUUCAGGUAACAAACAUUGGGGGGGAAAAGGCCAGAUUGUGGAAUGUUAGCUUAAAAGGGUAAUAACCAAGGCUUCUGUAUAAAUAAUAAUUUUCUAAUAAUAACUUUCAUUCACGCAACAACUUUUUGGUAUUAAACUUUUCUAGCUGAAUCGCAAUAUGGAGCAAAACAUUGAUGACAUCGUUGACAGUCUACAUAUUGAAUCCAGCAGGUGUGGGAGUCUUGAGUGAUGACAGAAGCAUCAGGAAUUAACACCCACCUGAGUUGCUGAAUCUCAAAACGUCUACCAAUAGAGGAUUCAGGCUCUACUUGUAGACUGUUGGCAACAAUACCAUAACAUCUCAUUCCUCUAAUAAACGGGUUGACAUUGCUUUUUAUUUUAAAUUUGAAUGCAGGUUAAAUUGAUUGCAGAGCAAUUCCCAUGUACUCUCCCACUGUCUUUGUAUCCUGUGGGGUUGUGGUGUUUUACAUUUCGUGCACACUAGUGAUUGACCAAAUCGGAGGGAACUAUCCUAUUCCAAUGCCCAGUACAUCAGUCGAGGCUCAUACUCAAUUGUAUUGCAUCCUUGAAAUGCAGAUAUUUGGACCUGCCUUUUGCUUUUUGAAGUUGUAAAUAAGUAAAAUCUGUGGUUGCUUUGUUACAGCUAGUUAGUCUAAUCUGACUGCUGUACUGCAGGUAUUGGUUGGUUUCAUUUAGUUCCCUUAUAAAUUCUGCUGCUGUCAAGCUGUGAAUAAUAUUUAUUUUAAAUGUUUUUGCUGUGACUAUGUGGAACUGUUGCUCGUCAAUUGGUUAUUAUAUCCCAUCGGGUUAGCCACUAAUUUUUAUAUCUAAAGUGAAAAGUUAAAUCUGAAUCAAUUAGUUUAGCUCCAAGAUAAUUUAAGGAUAUAGCUAACCUGGGGAACAGAAAAAAUGACAGGGCACUGGCCAGAAUGUUAUGAGAAUGAGAGUUAAGAAUGCUUUUCAAGUCUCAAUUUUUAUUACCACUUUUACAAACAAAUAGGGCAACAAUAGUGUGUAAUGGAUUUAGAAAUAGGAUAAUUAGCUCCUGCCAUGACCAAUUGGUAUGUUGAACAUGCAGUCACAGUAACUGUUAUAAGUUUAUUUCUGUAAUUCGUGUAUGUUUCCUAUGUGUUGUCUGUUAAAUAAAUUGUUAUUUUAAAAUUG